GAUUGAUAAGAAACCACCCACCCAGCCCAUUUGUCUGACACCCGCCUUCGUAGCCUGCUUCCCUCUUCUAUCAAUCGGCAGAUCUACCAGGCAGCCUGCUUCGAAUCACCCUGGAUAUCCAUCCACUGCCUCUUCCACCGCCUCCCGAGGUACCCAACAUAGCCCGCAUUGCCAUUCCUAUUCGCACACGUUAAACCAUGGGGCAAUCUACCCGAGGGGCGAAGAAGAAAUCUUUUUGGACCAACGAACCCGUCGAAAACCAAACACUGCACCGAGCCAUGUCUUUUCCACCACCUCAAGGUUGGGUACUAGUAUCUGUGUCGGCAUACGGCUUGAAAUGGUACAAGCUACGUAAGUGGCUCGUCAAUCACUUCAAAAAUGAGGGUGACAGGUUCCAAGAACGCCAGACAACGACGUUUUCCUCUUCUACGCUCCGUAUCUACUCACAGAGAAUGAGCUGUUAUCCAUCGAUAAAUUGCGCGAGACAAGCAAGCACGAUGAAAGGAGACAGCACAGUCGAGUUGAAUACAGUCCAGACCCGGAUCCUUAGGUCCCCCUAUUUACAUCAUAUUCAAACCCAAAAACUGGAUGGAAAGUCGGCCGGGAGUUUGGCGAAGGAAGGAUGCUAUUUCAGUGUUUCUGGGAGGUCGUUAGAAAUGGUCGGACAUAGUGAUCGGGGGGGCUUGUAGCGUAUAAACAAGUAUUAUGAGCUGUAAGAUAAGGGCGGAGGUAUACGCUGCCGCCAGCCAGUCCUGGCUAAUCUGCCGCGACUCCCAAACACAUCAAUCCUGACCAAGUUACAUUAGGAUGUUAUGCAGGGAAGCGGAAGGCAGAAUCUUAGAUUGUACAGAUAUGGAGUGUAUCGGAUUUGGC